UAAUGUCAUGUAACGUUAAUACAGCGGGGUUAGCCACGAUGCUAACUGCGUUGCUAUGUACGCUAACGGACGUGGUGGUAUCACGACUUUCUUUUCUUUUUUUGGAAUCCCGGUCGCAGCCUGUCGUUCCCUCUCCGUCCCAAAAGAUCGCUGUGGGAAUAAUGCACACUGGGUAAAAAACAAUUUAUACACUUAAUUCCUCCCGUUCGGCCCCCAUGCACCAGCAUACGCUCCACACGGCCGGGAACAUGCGUGCUUUGGUUCAUGUGUUUGUACACAUGGAAUUUGCAUGAGCAGGAGGAGGCGGGUCCAUGUCGCUAAAUACCCGACUGCGAUCGUUAUAGGUGACAGCUGAGCUGAGCCCGCUGCCCUCACCACGGCUCUGCGCAGCACACAACAGACCAGACAACGACACCUGUCAUCACCUCUUUUUUGCGUGAUUGUUAACCGUUUUUACACGCACUUAAUUCGAAAGCAUCUCUUCCGCUCGCUGUUGGGGAGAAGUUAGCUAGCAGCGAGAGAGCAUCGCGAGCGUUAGCCGCUCUGACGUUUACUACCGGGAAAGCGGACCAGAGGGGCUUCUUUUUGUUUUGUUGUUUUUUGACAAGACACCGUCGACAUGUCGGACGUGUCAGGGGAGGCGAAGCUGGAGGUGAAACAGGCGAGCAAAGAGGUGAAGGAGAGCGAAAACGUGGCGGAAAAAUACUCCGCUAUGACCGUGAGCAAGAACAGCGAGAUGAACAUGGCAGAGCUGUCGUCCGCCUUCAGCGCGGUGCCCGCGCACAAGCCCGUCAAAAAGCAAAUCCAGUUUGUGGAGGACAAGCAAGAGUUCAGCAGGUUCCCCACCAAGGCCGGGCGUCGCUCCCUGUCCCGCUCCAUCUCCCAGUCCUCCACAGACAGCUACGGCUCCGCCGCGUCCUAUACGGAUAGCUCUGACGAUGAGACCUCACCUCGAGACAAAACUCAGGUGAACUCCAAGGGAAGCAGCGACUUCUGCGUCAAGAGCAUCAAACAGGCUGAAUUUGGAAGACGUGAGAUUGAGAUCGCAGAACAAGAUAUGUCGGCGCUGAUCUCACUCAGGAAGAGAGCGCAGAGUGAGAAACCUUUGGCAGGUGCCAAAAUAGUGGGCUGCACCCACAUCACUGCCCAGACCGCAGUGCUGAUCGAGACUCUGGCGGCUCUUGGGGCUCAGUGCCGCUGGACUGCAUGUAACAUUUACUCCACACAGAACGAAGUGGCUGCUGCUCUGUCAGAGACAGGUGUGGCGGUGUUUGCCUGGAAAGGGGAGUCUGAGGAUGACUUCUGGUGGUGCAUCGACCGCUGUGUCAAUACUGAGGGUUGGCAGCCCAACAUGAUCCUUGAUGACGGAGGAGAUUUGACCCACUGGGUGUACAAAAAAUACCCCAACGUAUUCAAGAAGAUCAGGGGCAUUGUAGAGGAGAGUGUAACUGGGGUUCACAGGUUAUAUCAGCUGUCCAAAGCUGGAAAACUGUCCGUUCCGGCUAUGAAUGUAAAUGACUCUGUGACAAAGCAGAAGUUUGACAACCUCUACUGCUGCAGAGAGUCCAUCCUGGACGGGUUGAAGAGAACCACAGAUGUCAUGUUUGGAGGCAAACAGGUGGUCGUAUGUGGGUACGGGGAGGUUGGAAAAGGUUGUUGUGCCGCUCUGAAAGCUCUUGGAUCCGUCGUCUGUAUUACAGAGAUUGAUCCCAUCUGUGCCCUGCAGGCCUGCAUGGACGGAUUCAGGGUGGUCAAACUGAACGAGGUCAUCCGCCAGGUUGACGUCAUCAUCACAUGCACUGGGAACAAGAACGUGGUAACCAGAGACCAGCUGGACCGCAUGAAAAAUGGCUCUAUUGUCUGCAACAUGGGCCACUCCAAUACUGAGAUUGAUGUGGCAAGCCUUCGGACCCCCGAGCUGACCUGGGAGAGAGUGCGCUCUCAGGUGGAUCACGUAAUUUGGCCUGAUGGCAAGAGGGUCAUCCUUCUGGCUGAGGGUCGUCUUCUUAAUCUCAGCUGCUCCACUGUUCCGACCUUUGUCUUGUCCAUCACAGCCACCACCCAGGCCUUGGCCCUUAUAGAGUUGUACAACGCUCCCGAGGGACGAUACAAGCAGGAUGUUUACUUGCUUCCCAAGAAGAUGGAUGAAUAUGUUGCCAGUCUGCAUCUGACCACUUUUGAUGCCCACCUGACGGAGCUUUCUGAUGAUCAGGCCAAGUACCUGGGCCUGAAUAAGAAUGGCCCUUUCAAACCCAACUACUACAGGUAUUAAUUUGCAAAGAAACCACAGAUCUAAAUGUGAACCCUACGAUCACUGAAGAAAAGAGAAAGAUUUAUGUAUUUUGUUUUUCAUCCUCUACACAUGAUGCAAAGCUUUUAUCUAAUUGUAUUUUACUGACCGCGUUAGAUUUUGCCUCACUUGCUGUUUCCUUCAGAACUGCACACGGCACCCAGCUUGAUAUGAAAAUUCAGUGUAACCGACACACUUCUAUCAGAUGUUCAGUUCAAUUUUUCUACCAUUAUUGUUCGUUUCCAAAUCUGCGUCCCGCGACGUUAUUUUAGUGCUUGAUGCUGAUUAAUGUAUACAUAUUUUGUGCCAAAUGACUGUGAUAGAGAAGGGUCGAAGUUGUUGUAAAAUGCUCGUGAUUAGUUGUAAAACCCUCUCAAAGCGAUUCCCUUAAUAUAAACAUAUUUUGUUCCUCCACUUGAAAUUCCAAACCCAUAAAACAAAAACUCGCUGAGGUUUUUAGCCGCUGUUAGCUCCUCGCUUUGUCUCUCAUCAACUUUUACACAGACCCACUAGCAGCCAAGGAAGAGGUCAAGCUCCAAUUGUAUUUCUCAGGAGUAGGUGAACAAAAUUACCUUUAAUUUGUCAGGGGACAAAAAACUUGACUGCAAUUAGUGGCUGUUGUGUGUCUGCUGGGGUAAUCAACUAUUUGCUGCCAAGCGAGCCAUAAAUGCAUGAUGAUCCGAUUGCAAAGCAGGACUGUUUGUUUCUGUGCUCUGUUCAAAAAUAACUUUGUGCACUUACUUCAUACAUUCCAUCCCCAAGUUAGAGAAAAAAUGUACCGUUCUCUAGUAUUAUCCACAUUAUAGAAGAAUGAGACAAGUAGAGACAUGAAUUGGCCUUUAUUUUUAAGACUUAUUUUUCCUUUUAUGAGGUUUUGGUGUUUAAUUAGAAUAGUAUAUGCACAACAUCCAAAGCGCAUCCAAAUAUCUCACAUUUUUUGUAAAUGUAUUUCUACCAAAUCAGCAAUAUCUGAAGUUAGUGUCCAUGUCUAGUCUCAACAGUCAUUUACAUUAAAAUAUUAUUUACAGUGGAACUGUAAAAUAUGUUCGGAGAUAUUGAUACUAAAAUAUAUGUUACUGAGUUAGUUGACUAUUGCAGCUAUUUACAUUCUGUUUAGAUAUCACAUGUUAUAGACUACAUGUUGAGCUGUAUGUUUAUGCUGUACAUGUUGCAGCAUCGGACCAGCCAAUCUCAUUAUUGUAUUUGCUGAAUUGCAACGCUGAGUUUAUUGUUAGAUUUGUCAGAGGAGCCUGCUCAUGUAAUAACUAGAGGCUGUCUCUUUUUCUGUUGACAAUUCUAACAUCAGACAAGUAUGUUUUCGUUUUUCAAAAGGCUAAGCACAGUUUUUGUGGGGCGUGUUAAAUGCACAAACUCAUUAUGCCACUUUUAAUUGUCUGUAUUUACUUCUACCACUACGUCAAUUUACCACAAAUAGUCUAUUUAGCUGAGUUAUUGUUUUUAAUUCAAACUAUAUACUCUGGAGGUAGUUGUGUCAUGCUGAAUUUUUUGCUUUUCAUCAUCCUGUUUAUCACUCUGAUGGUCUGUUGGCCAAAUCUUUCACCAAACUGUUGACAGCAUUACUGUCCCUGAUGAGGGAUCAGAAACUUGUUACCUUUUUAAGGUGUUUCAUCAUCCUUCACCAAGCCGUAUGCCGACAGAAUUACAGGUGUUUCCUGUAUUUCAUGUUUGUGAAUUUUAGCUAACACCGCUUUGUCCAUUGAUCCGCCUGUUUAAUUGUAUAGUAGCCAACGGGAUGCUGCUAUCAAAUGCUUUCAUCUUUGCACUAGGACAUUUUUAAAAGCAUCAGAGCCAAGGAAAUCGAUUGAGGACGUCAUUGCAACCAAAAUAAGCGCUGUGACUGUGGUUACUGGUCAGUUGACAGUGCCUUGUGACUCACUUAUUCAUUUCUAUUCACAUGUAUUACUGUUUUCUGUAUGGGGAUGUCCCCACACUGAUUGUUAUUCUGCAAUAUACAGUGAUAGCUAUGCAGCAAAAAUCACUUUAAAACUAUUUUAAAUUGACUUUAAAAUAGAUCUUUAACAUGUUUUAAUUAAUAAUAAAGUCAUUCGACCAUUGUUCUAACUCUAUUAUAGAGACAAAUGAAUGUAUUCUUAGCGGAACAAACAUCUUGACUCUUGUCAUAUUGAACGAAAUAAGCUCCUUUGUGAUUUGACUGCACACUGCUAAUUGUUUGAAGUUUUUGACAUUGAGAUGAUUUUUAGUUUGAAGAAUAUAAUUAUAAAUUAGGCUGUUAUUUUCAAGAACACAAUUUUGGCAGUGUGCACACCCUGCUUGAUUUAUUUGCACAGUUCCCUUUAAUAAAAUACUUGUUUAGAUUUAAAAA